AUGUCUUUUGAUCGUCGUAUAUCUAAGGAUAUCGCACCUCUUGCUGACUGGAAAUUUUGUUCCUCUGAAGAAAAAACGGUGGUUGUGUUGGUUGGCCUACCAGCACGUGGAAAGUCGUAUAUAUCCACAAAGCUUUCUCGUUACUUAAACUGGGUUGGUAUAAAUACUCGAGUCUUUAAUGUAGGAGCUUAUCGAAGACGCUAUAUGAAAACCUGCAAUGACCACACUUAUUUUUCUGACGAAAACAACGAGGGGGUUGCUGUUAGACAAAAGAUUGCAUCAGAAGCUCUUGAUGAUCUGUUAUCUUGGCUAACAUCAGAAGUCGGUGAGAUAGCUGUCUUCGAUGCAACGAACACCACACGACAGCGUCGUUUAUGGAUAAUGGAACGGUGCAAAGCUCAUAAUCUUCAAGUCAUAUUCGUUGAAUCAAUUUGUAAAGAUAAAAAGCUAAUUCAAGAGAAUGUUUUGGAAGUAAAAGUCAAUAGCCCAGAUUAUGAAAGCAUGGAUAAAGAGGAAGCACUAAGAGAUUUUCUUAAGCGGAUUGAGCACUACGAAAAGCGUUAUGAAUCGAUUGACGAUGAUUUAGACAAAGAUUGGUCGUAUAUUAAAAUAUUUGAUCAAGGAAAACGAUACUUAGCGAACCGUAUUGAAGGUAAUAUUAACAGUCGAAUUGUAUAUUACCUGAUGAAUAUUCGUGUCAACAAACGCACAAUUUACCUCACUCGACAUGGUGAAACAGAUCUCAACCUUCAAGGACGUAUUGGUGGGGAUGGAUCGCUUUCUGAAAGGGGGAAAUUAUAUGCGCAAAAACUUGCCGUUUUUAUGGAACAAGAAAAAUUACAAAAUCUUAAAGUUUGGACAAGUUAUUUCAAGCGUACCAUUCAGACAGCUGAUAAGAUUCAAUGUUCUCAAAUACGUUACUGGAAAGCCUUAGAUGAAUUAGAUGCAGGAGUUUGUGAUGGAAUGACCUAUGACGAAAUCCAAGAAAAAUAUCCUGAUGAUUUUGCCCGACGUGAUGCUAACAAAUAUCAUUAUCGUUAUCCUAUGGGAGAGUCAUAUCAUGAUUUGGUCACGCGUUUAGAACCCGUAAUUAUGGAGCUAGAACGGCAAACGUCAGUACUAGUCAUCUGUCAUCAGGCUGUAGCACGUUGUCUUUUGGCGUAUUUCGAAGAUAAGGACAAAGAUGAACUACCAUACAUUCGUGUACCUUUGCAUACAGUUUUCAAGCUAACACCAACAGCAUAUCGUUGUAUAGUUGAACGAGUGGAACUCAAUGUACCUGCAGUGGAAACACACAGAGAAAAUCCACAGCUUGUCAAACUACAGCAUACCUCAUUUGAAACAAUGAAAACUGUGCCAGCCCAAUACUAA